UUUAAUCUAGUUUGACAUCUAAGAAGAAAAAUCAGAGCAAUAAAAAAACAGAGCAGCUAAGCAAAAAGUAAAACAGAGUAAUAAAAGGCUUGCUAAAGGCGUGAUCCAAACUUUGAUCCAAUCCAAACUUGAGAAAAGUUCGAUUUCAGACCAUCCGAUCAAUGUUUUUGAUAACAGCCGAGGGAGGGCUAGCGAAACAAGUAACAUUUAUUUACUUUUCUCUAAUCUCUUAAAGUAAUUGGUGGAACAAAUGAGUACAACCAUUGCUGAUGCUACGAAGCGGCGACUACAUGAGCACAGCUUAUAUUUAUGACGCCCAUGAUCCUAUGACAAAUCGACAGCUGUCCUAUUUUUAGCUAGGAUUUUAGACUCUGCUCGCGGACAGACAAUGACUUGAGAGAGCCUUUGUUUGGCCGAAAGUGUUCAACAACAAAUCCAAUAUAUCCUCUUGAUUGUGAAGACAAAAAAAAAGAUAAGAAGAAGAAAAUGGAAGAGAGAAAAGGGAGGAGAAUAAUCAUGUUCCCUCUACCAUUUACGGGACACUUCAACCCGAUGAUGGAGCUUGCUGGAAUAUUCCACCACCGUGGCUUCUCCGUCACGAUCCUCCACACUUCUUUCAACUUCCCUGAUCCUUCUCGCCAUCCACACUUCACUUUUCGAACCAUCACUCACGAAAACGAAGGAGAAGAAGACCCUCUGUCUCAAUCAGAGACGUCUUCGGGUAAGGACCUUGUCGUCCUCAUUAGUCUGCUGAAACAAUGCUAUACCGAGCCGUUUCGCCAGUCUCUUGCAGCGGAAGUAGCCGGAGGAGGGACGGUGUGUUGUUUGAUCUCUGACGCUCUAUGGGGGAGGAACACCGAGGUUGUAGCGGAAGAGGUUGGAGUUCGUAGAAUGGUGUUGAGGACAGGUGGUGCCGUAUCGUUUUGUGCUUAUGCAGCUUUCCCUCUCCUUAGAGAUAAGGGUUACCUCCCUAUACAAGAUUCUAGAUUAGAUGAGCUAGUGACAGAGCUUCCACCUUUAAAAGUGAAGGAUCUUCCGGUAAUAGAAACAAAAGAGCCGGAGGAACUUUACCGGGUAGUUAACGACAUGGUGGAAGGAGCCAAGUCUUCUUCAGGAGUCAUAUGGAACAGUUUUGAAGAUCUUGAAAGACUCUCACUCAUGGAUUCUCGCAGCAAGUUACAAGUUCCUUUCUUCCCUAUCGGACCGUUUCACAAACAUUGCAACGAUCUUCCACCGAAGACAAAGAACAAGGACGAUGAUGAAAUAUUAACCGAUUGGCUUGACAAGGAAGAUCCACAGUCUGUGGUCUAUGUGAGUUUUGGAAGCCUUGCAGCUAUAGAAGAAAAGGAGUUUCUCGAGAUUGCUUGGGGUCUAAAAAACAGCGAACGACCAUUCUUGUGGGUGGUUAGGCCGGGGAUGGUGCGAGGGACCGGGUGGCUUGAGUCAUUGCCUUGUGGGUUUUUGGAAAACAUUGGUCAUAAGGGAAAAUUUGUGAAAUGGGUGAAUCAACUAGAGGUAUUGGCUCAUCCUGCCGUUGGAGCGUUUUGGACGCACUGCGGAUGGAACUCAACAAUAGAGAGCAUAUGUGAAGGCGUUCCAAUGAUUUGUACGCCGUGUUUCUCGGACCAGCAUGUAAACGCUAGGUACAUUGUUGAUGUAUGGCGAGUUGGGAUGGUGUUAGAGAGAAGCAAGAUAGAAAGGAAGGAGAUUGAGAAUGCGCUAAGAAUUGUAAUGAUGGAGAAAGGAGAUGGAUUGAGAGAGAGGAGUUUGAAGUUGAAAGAGAGAGCUGAUUUUUGCUUAAGUAAAGAUGGUUCUUCUUCCAAGUAUCUAGAUGAACUUGUCAGUCAUGUCCUGUCUUUUGAUUCCUAGGCUUUUGCAAGUUAAAAAAAUCACAAGGAACAAAAUGUAUCUAGGCACUCUUCAAACCUUUGGAUAA